AUGGCUGGAAUCAAGCGCAAGGAAGCACCCAAGGCUGUCGCUGCUGUGAGGUCUUCAGAAAAGAAGCAGAAGCUGGCCUCGACAGGCUCGAUCAAGAAAAAGGCUGCCCCGAUCAAAGAACCCACUCCCGAAUCCGACGAGUCAAGCGAGGACGAAGACGAGGAUGAGCUGGAUGGAGAGGAUGAUGCCAUGUCUGGCGUUGAACUCGAGGGCGGAAACAGCGAGUCGGACGACAAGAAGAUCAGAAGUACGUCAAGGACAGGAGCGAGUAGACAAAGACUGGGCUGA